GAGAAAGGCUCAUUUUCGCGAAUUGUCUGUUGUAGGAUUCCGUAGUGUGUGGUAGCGCGUCCCAGUGCAGACUACAAAUCACAAUGGCUGAGUGCACUACAUUAGACAGUUUGCUGGAAAUGGGCUUCGACAGAAACAGAGCGGAGAGGGCAGUAGCACAUACUGGAAACCAGGGCAUUGAGAGAGCAAUGGACUGGUUAAUGGAGCAUGAAAAUGAUCCAGAUAUAGAUGAGCCGUAUGUUCCACCUGCUGGGAAUACUCUUGGCUCAACAGAAGAACAGAUCCAGUCUCCUACAGAAACCUCUGAAUCAGCUAUUGAAGGUGUAGAACAAGAGGGAGAUGCCAAACAUCCUAUGACAGAGGAAGAAAAGAGGGAACAAGUAAAACGACUGGAGGAGUUGAUGAAGGCGAGGCAGGAGGAGAGGAGAGAAAGAGAGCGACAGGAGGAGAUAGAAAGAGAAAAGCAGAGGAGGAAACAAGGGCAAGAGCUGCUGCAGGUUAAACAAAAGCUUCAGGAAGACGAAAUGAAGAAGCUGGCAGACCAGCGCAGGAGGGAGAAGAUGGAGGACAGGCUUGCCAAGCAGCGGGUUAAAGACAAGAUUGCACGAGACAGAGAGGAGAGGGCACGAAAGUUUGGAGGUGGUUCAUCAAGCACGGGUUUGUCAUCUCCCCCCUCUGAAGCCCCUCUACAGUCUCCACCUGAGAAUCAAGGGGCUCCUCCUGCUAAGAAAGACUACGAUGACUGUAGGAUACAGGUGCGUCUUCUAGAUGGCUCCACCUUGAGUACUGUGUUUAAGGCUCAGGAACCUCUGGCUGCUGUGAGAGUCUAUGUUCAGAUGAAUGGGGCAAACGGACAGGAUUUCAACCUCAUCACCCCGUAUCCUAGACGCGUAUACACGGAUCUAGACAUGGAAAAACCCCUGCGUGAGCUGGGUCUGGUGCCUUCUGCCGUCCUUGUCGUGACCAAGAAAGAAAUUAAUUGAAAUGAUUAUAGAAAAAACAAGCUGUUCUUCCAGAAGUCAAAGCAAGAUCAAGCAGAUUACUCUGUGGAGACUAUGUAUCAGUGGACUUAUACUGCAGUGAUCACACUCAACAAAGAGCCAAAUAUACAAUGCAAUGAGUUGAUCAGUAAUUUCAUUAAAUGUAAACCUGCCGAUACCGCUCAAUAAAGGGCCAAGUGAGUUCUCACAAUGAUGAACAUUGAGAAGGUGGUUGUUACCUUUGUUUCGCUACAUUGGAAAUAUGACAUUUUCAACAAUAAAAUUAAUCUAACUCA